AUGAAGGCGGCGAUUCCUGCCAUAGGUACGCAAGGGAGCACCAGGCUCGAUAUUUCGAAAUGUGCUUUGGCUGAUCACCGUGCCACCCUGCCCCGAGCAGAUGUGCAAGGCUGGGCAAAGACUGUCAGAUACCCGAAGUCAGGCAGAGAAAGCGAAAAGCGCGGCGUACGGUGUCUGCGCCCCAUAUCUCCGGCGCCACCCACUGACCUUGUGAUAGUACGCGGCCGCGUUGAACAGCUGGAGAGCAGCUACUCCGAGAUACUGUCUCUGCUCAAACAGAAGCCGCAGCCCGAAGCCAAUGUAGCGACAUCGGUGUCGACCUCCACGCCGUCACAUACCGAUGCGUCCCGGGUCUCGCAGGCCACGGGCUUGACGUCUCCGCUGCGCUUCGAAUCGACACACUCGGAUGCUUCGAAUAGCUAUUUGCUCGAGAUCCCUCUCGAGGAGUGUGAGGUUCUGCUCAAUGACUACCGGCGCAUGUCAGCCAACCAUUUUCCUUAUGUCAUGAUUCCCGAGGCCUGUCCUGUUGCUACUUUGGUCGAAGAGCGACCCAUGCUGGCACAGGCAGUCUUCGUUGCGACCACAUGGCGCUUCCCAGAGCGGCAGCGCGCACUGCAGGACAAAUUCCUACAUCACUUCAACCACAGGUACUUCGUCAAGUCGGAGAAAUCGUUGGAUCUGUUGCAGGCACUAAUUGUAUAUUUCGCCUGGUGCCAUUGGUAUACCGUCCCCGUCGCAACUCAGGUCUACAGGCUAGGCUCCCUUGUGGUUUCACUGGCCGUGGAACUCGGAAUCAACCAGAAGCCGACGAGCGUCACCCAGCAUGAGAUCAUCGUUGGCCCCGGUUCAGCGCUCGAGCAGGGCAGUGAGGCCAUGUCAUCGAAGUUCUGGGGGUUUGAGGCUCGAAGGGCGUAUCUGGGCGCGUUUACGGUUUCCACAUAUGGCCUGUUAUUGUUUAGAAGACCAUCCAUGUUGCCGUACAGUCAGUAUCUCGAAGACUGCGCAUCUUCCCUGGUCACAGACCCACAAUACUCCACGGACCCGACUCUGAUUCACAUGGUCCGGUCUAUGCGCGUCGCCGAGGAGACUACCCAUACUUUCGAUCACGGCUCGAAGGAGAAGAUUGGCGAGCUGAGCGACGAUAAGAUCCAGAUAUUGGUUGGAGCCUUGUCCAAGCAGACGGAGGAGUGGAGGACAUCUCUCCCCCCAGGUGCUUUCAGAAAUGGUUGGCUCCAGCGCGCUUACUACAGCAGCAGAGGCUAUAUCCACGAGGUUGGCCUAUACGGCCUUCUCCACGGUCAAGCACCCUCCGUGACCCGCCUGUCGAUCCUGUACGACUGUUUCAACGCCACCGUGAAGUACCUCUCUUGCGUGCUGGAGAACGGCCUAGACGACAUGGUCGACUGGACCUCACUGGAAUGGCGGGCACUCAACUUCGGCAUCAUGCUGUCGACCAAGUCGUCUAUUAUUCUGGACUCGGCGUACGUCAGCAUGGAAGCAUCCCAGCGUGCUGCUUGGCUGGGCAAGUGCCUCGACACGUUAUGUCUACGAGCCCAAGAACUGCAUCGUAUGAAGGGAGAGAAAUGCAGUUAUUUCCUCAAGCUGGCCCAUGAGUGGGCGAACAUCAAGAUGUAUCACCAGAACACUAUUCAGAGAGCCCUGUCGGCGACCACAGCACAGCAGCAAUCGCACUUAUCGGCGCAGACGCAACAACAAACCGCCGGCGUGUCGUUCAUGGACAACGCCUUUGAUGUGGACCCCUUCAAUGAACUGUUCUGGGCCGGCUUCGGAGACUCUGAGCCAGGCAUGACAGGGAUGUACCCGAUGUGA